AUGGUGAAAAAGGUUUCAUUCAGUGACAGAGUUAUCUCCUCUUCCAAGGAGAUUAUAAGCCUAAAUGCAGCCAGAGAUAGUGAUAAGGAAUAUAAUGAAAUUGAGUUACAAAGUAUCAAUAGGUCACCUUUUCCAAAUCAGUUAGUUGAUUCUACAUCUCCAAAUUCAUUGGUUUCCAUUCAAUUAAGUCCUGAUAGUAAUGCUAAACAGAUAACUAUUAGACAAAGGGGUGAAUAUAAUGUUUAUGAAAACACAGUUGAAGAUUUGACAAUGUUAUCUGAGGACAAAUUGAUAGAACAUACGAACUUAAAGUUUAAUAACUUUAAUUUGUUUUGGUACUGUUUGGUGUUAUCGUUCACUUCAUUUCCUUUGGGAUGGGAUGUUGGAACCAUUACCAACUUAAUUAAUCAUGCGAGUUUUACAAUUAAAUAUUUGUCUAGUUUCAAGCUUGGCUUGGUUAUUUCCAGUUUUAUUCUUGGUAGUUUAGUUGGUUGCUUUUUUAUUCCUUUCCAAACUAACAAACAUCCUCUUAAAUCAUUACUCCAAUUUUCAACAAUCAUAUUUCUAUUGGGAACUUGCUCAGAAUUAUUGUUUUUGAAAUGGGCGAUUAACUAUUGGUGCUUCAUUUUUGGACGAUUCUUGAGUGGUAUUGGGUGUGGCUCUCUUUGUGUUAUUGGUCCCUUGUAUAUGAAUGAAAUCCUACUAAGUGGAUUUAAAUUAAGAGGAUUUUAUUUAUCUUUUUGGCAAUCAUUUGUUUGUUUAAUAAUUUUAAUAGGGAACAUACAAAAUUAUUACUUAAAUUCAGUUUCUGUUGAUAUGAUUUAUGUUCAUCAAGUUAUAAAAAUUUUCUUCGUGUUGUUUGCCAAUAGUCUAAUUCCUAUAUUACCACAUUCUCCGGAAUUUUUUAAAGUAAAAGGGGAUGUAGCAGAGCUAAGAAAGAUUUAUUUGAAAAUAUUGAAAUCUAAUGGCCAAAAUGAAAUUGACAACUUUGUCUCUUUACAAAAUCAACAUCAGUUGCAGUCUAACGACAAGCAUGGAUAUGAAACAAAUUUGAGUUAUGUUGAAUUGUUCCAAACACAAUCUAAUAAAAUCAUAAAAUGUUGUUUUAUUAUGGCUUUUCAACAAUUAACUGGUAUUAACUACUUCUUCUAUUAUGGUCCGAUAAUCUUCAGAAAUUUCAAGCUGGCAUUUAUAAUAAUGAGUCUCGUUAACUUAAUAGGAUCAUUACUUGGAGGCCCUAUUAUCCAUUUAUGGAAUAUUAAAUAUAAUCUCAUAUUAAGUGGUUGCUUAAUGGCUAUUUUGAUGACGGUUUACAGUUUAAUUGGCCAAUUCACUUCACAUCUUGUUCCCUUAAUUGUGUUAAGCAUCACAUUUAUUUUCUUCUUUGCAAUAAGUUGGGGCCCGAGUUGUGGAAUCUUGGUAAAUGUUAUUGCGAACAAUAACCCAAAGAUAGUUUCACUAAGUAUAGGAUUGAACUGGUUGUUUAAUUGGAUUAUAAUCACUAUAAGUCCAUGGAUGAUACAGCGGUUUCAGUUUAACUAUAAUUGGAUAUUUGUUGCAAGUUUGAUUUCUAUGACAUUAUUUAUCCAAAUUUUUAUACCAAAAAAUAUCCUUGGUUAA